CUCGCUUGCCCAAGGGCUGAGCCGCCGCGGAGCCGGGGCUCGGUGGGCUCGGUGCCACUGUUGCCACCGUGCCAGCCAUGCCAGCCAUGCCAGCCACCCUGCCCCGCGGCUCCCCAGGAAAGGGUCCCUGGAUGCCCCGCUCGGUGCCCGCACCGCCGCGCAGGAUGGGUGCUGCAGCAGGAUGGGUGCUGCUGGCCCUGCUCCCCGUGGCCGGCGGACAGACCACCCCUCCCUCGGGCUGUGGCAAGGACCUCUCCUCCCUCUACUACAACCUCUGCGACCUCUCGGCAGCCUGGGGCAUCGUGCUGGAGGCCGUGGCCAGCCUCGGCGUGGUCACCAGCUUCGUGCUCACCAUCGUCCUGGUGGCCAGCCUACCCUUCGUGCAGGAACCCCAGAAGAAGAGCCUGGUGGCCACGCAGGUUUUCUUUCUUCUGGGCACCUUCGGGCUCUUCUGCCUGACGUUUGACUUCAUCGUGGGGCCGGAUUUCUCCACCUGCACCUCCCGCCGCUUCCUCUUCGGCGUCCUCUUCGGCAUCUGCUUCUCCUGCCUGCUGGCGCACGCCGUGGCCCUCAACUUCUUGGCACGGAGGAACCAGGGCCCACGGGGCUGGGUGACGCUGGCGGUGGCCCUGCUCCUCGCCUUGGUGGAGGUCAUCAUCAACGCCGAGUGGCUCAUCAUCACGGUGGCGCGGCGGGAGGGCGGCUCCCCGGACCCUUGCCGGUUGGAGGACGCUGACUUCGUCAUGGCACUCAUCUACGUCAUGGUCCUGUUGGUGGCUGCCUUCGGCACCGCCUGGCCAGCCCUCUGUGGCCGCUACGGCCGCUGGCGCAAGCACAGCGCCUUCAUCCUGGCCACCACCAGCCUCUCCAUGGCCAUCUGGGUGGCGUGGACGGCCAUGUACCUCUACGGGAACCAGCACGCGGGCGAGAAGCCUGGUUGGGAUGACCCCACGCUGGCCAUCGCCCUGGUCUCCAACGCCUGCGCCUUCCUCCUCCUCUACGUCAUCCCCGAGGUGACGCACGUGACGCGGCGCAGCCCCGAGCAGGCCUUCGAGGACGACAUCUACCCCACGCGCGGGGUGGGCUACGAGACCAUCCUCAAGGAGCAGAAGUCGCAGAGCAUGUUUGUGGAGAACAAAGCCUUCUCCAUGGACGAGCCCUCCUUUGGCAAGAAGCCGGUGUCCCCGUACAGCGGCUACAACGGGCAACUGCUGACCAGUGUCUACCAGCCCACCGAGAUGGCUCUGAUGCACAAGGGGCCGACUGAAGGACCCUAUGACGUGAUCCUGCCCCGCGCCUCCACCACCAGCCCGGUGGCCGGCAGCGCCAGCUCCACGCUGCGAGCCGAGGACGCCUUCGCGGCACAAGCCCGGCACGGCGGCGCCCAGCGGGACGGCAGGAGCUGCCAGGUGCAGUCCCCGUACGGCAGGAACCGGUGGUGAAGCCCCCCCUGCCCCACGCCGUGGCACGGGUCCCGCAGCGCUGGCACAGCCGUGGCCCCGGGGUCUCGCCGAGCCUCGUCCCACCCCACCGCGUUCAUCCCACCCCGGUCUGGCAGCCCGAGCCGGUUCCUGCGAAGGGGGACAACCCGGACACCGUCCCAGAGCCAGCCCCCCCCACCUGCCUGGCUGUGGCACCCACAAGCUGCCAGCUCUGCCCGGACCCCCCCGUGCCCCUCCUGCCGUCCCUGCCGCAAGGACCAGCUCCUGUGGGGUCACCCCCGCAUCGUCCCCUCGCUGCCUUUGUGAUGCAUGGACACCCUGUCCCCCCACUUCAUGCCAGGGACCAUCUGCCACCUGGGAUCUGGUGGGACUCCUGCCCAGGGCUCCCCCCACCCCCGGCGCUGAGCCCCCCAGUUCCACGCUGACCCUCACCCACCCCAAGGACGUCGCAGGCCUGGAGCUGAGCCGUCGCUGUCCCGACAAGGUGACACGAAGCUCUCCCCAGCCCUGCCUCCCACUGUGCCUCAGUUUCCCCAUUGCCAGGGAAAGGGAGGGGGGCUGCUUGGGGUCUGGGGGAUCAGUGCCUUGCUGGGGCUGGGGGUGCAGCCCCCCCCAUGGCUCCAGCCGCCUUCUCGGUGCCUUUUCCCCCUCGGGGAUCCCUCCCGGGGAGCAGGGAGGGAGCUGGGCCCCUCACCCUCCUCGUGGCUUUCUCUGUUGUUCUUCCUCUUCCUCCUUUUUUCAGGUCUGCCCCAAUAAAGGUGAUUUUUUUCCUA